AUGAUUGAAGCCGCGUGUGCGCUCUCCAAAGGGGUCCUCGGGAUUAAAAGGGGGAAGAAUAUGCGCUACUAUGUGUUUGUCUGUACACGUAGAUCAGCUGGCCGAUCGUUUGUCGGGACAGCCGUAGGGAAAGGCGACGCAUGCAACGGUACAAGCACGAGUCAAGGGAAAAAAUGCUUGCGACAUUUGGUUAGACUGCAAAGGGAGUUAUAUUCUUUACUGAAUGUGAGCAGCUGGAAAGAUGAUUUGGUGUCCCCGUCGGGGAGACUGCGCUGCGGGGCGGCGUCGAAUAGGGACAAGGGCUCCCCGCAAAAUGCGGCGCCAAUCGAAGCGUCAAUAGAAGCGUCAAUAGAAGAGCCUAUCGAAGCGUCAAUCGAAGAGCCUAUCGAAGCGCCAAUCGAAGCCCCAGUCGAACCCCCAAACCGCCUGAACAAGUCAGUCCGAAAAUUGCACAAAUGGACCCCCGUGGAGAGUAAAAGAAACAGCAUUAUGGCCAAUACGGUGGAGGAAAAACACAUCGGAGAAACGCUCAGCCGUAUGUACACCCUAAUGAGUAGAACCCCCCUGAGUAGAGCUCUCCAACUGAGCGAACAAGUGAGCAACAAGGAUCUGUAUAAAACGGUUUUGAUGAAGUACUUCCAUGAGAUUAACAGGAGGGAUAGAAGGGGUAUGCGUCGCGGAGGGAGUAUCACCUGGAGUGGAGGCACGACGAACGAGUUGUUAAGGCUCUUCCUCAUGUGUUCAGACUACUACAUGCGCAUGCAGGGGGAUAGGGUAGGCGACACGAGGAUACACACCUGUGAGGGAAACCAAUUUGAGGACAUCCCCGCUGUGUGUAGAGACGUAUUGGGAAUGCUCGCCCAGGGACUUCGCACAAAAUCGGCCUCCUUCAAACUGAGGGAAAUGAACGACUUGGUAAUCGCUCUGCUUCGACUGAGAAUGGUUGACCCCUUUGUGGUGGGCGAGGACACCACGAAUGAUCUGAUUAAACGGUUUUCCUCUCGACUGUUCCGAGUGAACUGUGAUGCGAUAGAACCGGGGGAAGGUGGACCCACCAGUGAGUGGGCAGCCAUGCAAGGAGGAGUCCGCAGCAAACAUGGAGAGAGUGAUCAUGUUGCGGAUGAUGAGGGUAGAUCGGCAGCAUCUUCAACGGGACAACCGGGCCGCAUAUCCCCACCUGGCGCGAUCCACCUGGGCGAUUUGGCCAAAGUGCUGUACCAACUUGUGACGAUGAAUAAGCGUCUGUUGAGUCACAAGAAAGACUCCCCUUCGGAUAGAUUCACAGAGGAGCACACCACUUUAGUGAAUGCUAUCCUCGCGUAUUCAAAAAGUGAAAUUAAAAAGGGCACACUUGAUAAGGACAAGCUAUUCUGGCGAAGUUGCACCUCCCUGCUUUACAGCUUAACCGUUUUGUGUAGCAAAAAAUGGCAUGCCGAUUGUAUAGAAAUAUAUGACCACGUAGUGAGGACGUAUGAUGUAUCUUUCGAUGUUGACUCGACUGAACUUGUUAGCCUUAACUGCUACGACUUCAAGAAUUUCGGGAAGGAGCAUUGGCCUGAGGAGGAGGUCAAAAGGGUAUGUCUUCUUCGGAGCAUUUCCCUUUUUUGCAACUCAAAAGCGACAACGAUCAAGUUCGUCCUUUCCACGAAUGAGAAGCCCGAGGAGAGACAUACGUUCCUCACCCUUGAGGAGUUAAUCAAGCUGACAUAUGCCGUAACCUUUUUUUAUAAACAAAUGGGGUCCUCAGGAGAGGAGGACAUAAAAACCAAAUGUAGCCACCGUGUGAGGGGUAUCAUCUCGUCAUUGCUGCUUAUUACGGACGGGUUGGUGGAGCGCGCCGUUCUGGAUGUCCUUCCAGUGAAGAAGCAAAAUGAUGCAGACGAUGGAAACAAACGCUCCCUCCUGAAACGAUUAAGUCAUUUAGCAAAUGUAUAUCACGAGCAUCGCAUUGGGGACAUGAAGCUCCUGUGUGCCUUAACUGUCUUAAUUAGCAAAUGUAGGGAUGUCGAUCUGAUCGUCCUGAGCAAUGUCCUAAAUAUUUUUACAAAAUUGGAUUUUUCCUACGACGCUUAUUUUGUUAGUUUCUUCUUUUCGAACUGUAUGGGGAAGGGGUAUCUGGGUGAGGAGGUCUUGCGGAUUCGCUUUUUCGAACGGAAUGGAGGUAGCCAAUCUCGGUUGAGUGAUCACACUGAUGAGAAUGAGAGAAACGAUCUCCAGGAGGAGAAAAAGAAACCAAUGGCCUUCUACAUAUGGAGAGCUUUCAUUAAAUGCGUGAAGAGGAGCGUAGCGGAUAAGCAGAAGUUAAAGGAACUCUCCCCUGUGAAUAUCACCAAGCUUGUGAAUGGACUGAUCCAUUUCAAGUGCCUGGAUAAGCAAUCCAUAGAAGUGCUCAUGAGGAUCAUAUCAGAGCAGUAUAGACGGGGGGAAUCGGUUGGGAUUAUAAACAGGGCGAGUCGCAACACAGCAGAUACUUAUAGGAAAAUAGCAGAUACUCAUAGCAGAACAGCGGGUGCACCAAACUUCAACCUGGUCUCGUUGGGGUCGCUACUCAACUACAUGAGCAUGACUGACGACAUCCAGUGCUACGAAGCAAAGAUAAAACUCGUUCAAAUGAUAGCAGACAAGGUAGUAAAUCGGGAGAAUUCAUUCGAUGCAAGGUUACUCUGUAGCAUUUACAUCAGCUAUGCUAGAUUGAAUAUACAUGACGUAGGUCUAUUUUACAUAAUAAGCAAGCGACUUAAGUCGAGUCAGUUAAACGACCUGAACGUGUUGAGCAUUUUAUCCUAUAUGAAUAAAGCGGGAAUAUAUGACGAGCAACUUUUACGUUCUUGCUUUAAUAACGCCUUUGCCAAGUGGAGAAGGAAAACGAAGCAAAGACUGUCUUAUGCAGUUCAUCUUUUAUUCAUCUUAACCUCCAUAAGUCAGACUUUCCUGUUUGAUAAUUUUUACACAAUUAUGUGCCGUGCGUUGGAAAUUAUUUCCUAUGUGUACAGUGUUCUGCACACUUUUCACCACUUUUUCUUGGACAUUCACUUGGGGGAAAAUUCCGGAAGAGUUUUGGACAGUGUGAGCACAGAGUAUUUGAAGAUUUUUCAUUUUUUUUUAUGUCAACAUUGGGAGGCGGUGGAGGGGAUGGGCGCCACCAAUUCACAAAUUCAGAGGAAUGUGCUGACCGCGCUGCGCCAGGUGGUGAGCCAAGACGUGUGCAUCUGCUACGAGUACGCCUUGCGCGGCACGCCGUACCUGGUUGACAUGCGCCACGCGCUCCUUCGCCUAUCAACUAUUGGUUAA